AUGCCCCAAAAUUUCAUACUUGAAGUGGAAGUCUUCGACAUAUGGGGGAUUGAUUUCAUGGGCCCUUUCCCCACCUCUAACGGCUACGAAUACAUUCUUGUUGAUGUUGAUUAUGUUUCUAAAUGGGUGGAAGCUAUAGCAAGUGCUACGAAUGACUCAAGUGUGGUGGUCAUGAUGUUCAAGACCAUUAUAUUUCCAAGAUUCGGAGUACCAAGAGUGGUGAUAAGUGACGGAGGUAAGCAUUUCAUAAAUCAAAACCUUGCUAACCGUUUCAGGAAGAAUGGAGUUCUCCACAAGAAGGAUUGGUCCACCAAAUUGGAUGACGCUCUAUGGGCAUACAGAACUGCGUUCAAGACCCCAUUAGGUACUACACCUUUUCAUAAUGUCUAUGGAAAAGCUUGCCACCUACCCGUUGAACUGGAGUACAAGGCAGCAUGGACAGUGAAGGAGUGGAACUAUGACAUAAAAAGCGCAGCCGAGAGACGUUUGAUUCAAUUAAACGAGUUAGACGAAAUCCGCCACAACGCCUAUGAGAAUGCAAGGAUUUACAAGGAGAGGACUAAAGCAUACCACGACAAGAAGAUCAUACCCAAAUCAUUCGCCCCAAAUGAUCAGGUUUUACUUUUCAAUUGUCGACUUAAACUUUUUCCAGGAAAGCUACGUUCUCGGUGGUCCAGACCAUUUAAAAUAAAGGAAGGUAAACCAUACGGAGCCGUCGUCCUUCUCAACGAUAGAGGUGAACCGUUUACCGUAAAUGGACAGCGACUAAAGCCUUAUCUAGCAGAAAUUGGCAAGGAAGAGAGUGCAUCAAUCAGUCUAAUCGAUGCUCCACAGGCCUGA